AUGGGCGACCGGGACCGGCACAGAAUUAUCGUGGGGGUGGAUUAUGGCACCACUUUUACAGGUGCAAGUUUCGUCAGCACCAGAGCUCACGAUAUCAACGACAUUGUCCUUAUCAAGUCAUGGCCUGGCCCUGCACGACACACGGAUAUAGUCCUCAAAACACCAUCUCGAAUCGCAUAUGCUGCGGAGAAUGGUGGCCGAGAGCGAUGGGGAUACCAAGUCGAGCCUGGGAUGGUUGCCCAUUCUUGGAUAAAGCUGCUGUUGGAUUGUGGUACUCCCCUGACGCAAUUCGAUGAUGCGCUCGAGGAGGCUGCUGGAAUGGGCAUUUUCAAACAACCUCCUGGAAAGUCAGCUAUCCAAGUCGUGGCGGACUAUCUCUCCAAGGUAUACAACCAUAUCUUGCAGGCGGUUGCUAAGCAGAUAACCGAGGCCACGCUCCAGAUCACUCCGCUGGAGUUCUGGUUCACAGUCCCUGCGAUCUGGUCAGAUGAAGCCAAGCAUGCAACACUCCAGGCAGCGCGCCUGGCGGGGUUUGGUACACGCCCCGGAAACGUUGAAGACAAGAUCAACCUGAUCACUGAGCCAGAAGCUGCGGCUAUCGCCGCGCUGAGUAAAACAACUACCGAUGGAAUUGGGGCCUCUGUAAAGGCUGGCGAUGGUGUUCUCGUUUGCGACUGCGGAGGGGGCACUGUGGACUUCACGACAUACCUGAUCCAGGCUGCUCACCCAAAGUUGGAGUUCGAGGAGCUCUGCACCGGGAUUGGUGGAAAAUGCGGCUCCACGGCAGUGGAUCGGAAUUUCUACAUGUUGAUGAAGGCUCGGUUUGGCAAGGCUUUUAGCUCCCUACCCCGUCGCCGAAUUGGCCCAGGGAGUGAGUUUAUGAACAAGUUUGAAAUAGCCAAGCGCGACUUCGGCAUGAGCACAGAGGAUGACUCUGUCCACCAUCUUCCACUCAAUAUGCCACUGCAGAAGGCGGACCAUGAAUAUUUCGAUUUCGAUGAACGUUUCGUCCUACUAUCCAAUGAUGAUCUCCAGGGGUUGUUUGAGCCAGUUGUGUCAAAGACCCUGAACUUGGUUCGCCAGCAGCUCGAAUAUGCAAACGAACAGGCAGGGCAUAGCGCAAUUAACAGGAUUAUUCUGGUUGGUGGUUUUGGAGACUCUUAUUACUUACGCAGUGCCUUUUUGCGUUCCUUCGGGAACGAAGGAAAGAUUGAGGUCACAACCCCAGACAAUGCGCAGGCCGCCAUUGUUCAAGGCGCGGCCCUACGUGGCUUGGAGGGGCUUUUUGCGAGAAGCAGGCGGUGCCGACGAUAUUAUGGAUACACAGGUGGUAAGAUCUUUAGGGAGGGAGUUGAUGAUCCGCAUACCGCAUACUUCGACAGAUUUUACGGGUAUAAGCGCUCUCGCGGCCACAUGACCUGGUUGACUAGAAAGGGUCAAGAAUUUCCUGCUGAUUAUAGUAAGGAAAUGCGCCUGUUCAGUACUCACUCGGUUGGCAAGAGCUUGGUUUACACGGCUACUCUGUAUGCUUGUGAUAAAGAGACAGCACCUGGUCGAGUUGAGCAUCAAGACGUUCGGAAAAUUGGUGACAUUACCGUCGACUUUCGAAACGUAGAUCUCUCUGUGUUCGAGACCAAACGGGUAUCCGAUCGCGUCUUGUACAAGCUGGACUAUUCGCUAAAUGUGAUCUUCGGUGCACAGGAGGGCGUGUUGAAGUUCGAGGCACGCGCAGAUGGGCAAGUGAUUGGAAAAACGUCGGUCGACUUCGCACGAGCUCUCUUCUACUGA